AAGCAAAGACUUCUCAAAAACAACAUAUAAAAAAAGCAUGUUAACAAUGGUACAGAUUCAACACGAAUGUAUGGAGAUCAUACAACAAUGUCAAACUAUGAGUAUGAAUUCGUGUCAUCGCAAUGGAAAGAUUAUCACCGCACCCACUAGGCAGAUGUCCACUUGGCAUAUGGCAAGCAACACGUUCAAACGUAGCUGAGAAUUGUCCCAUCCAGGGAAAUCUUUUGGAUAAUCCAUCUCAGCCCAGUAACUGAGGUCACUAUUUGCAGUUAUAACUUGAAGAGACAUCUUUACCACUUAUUCCCUGCGAUAAAUGACUCAAUUGGUGUAGAAUACUCGGGUAUUUACGCUUUGUGCAAUUAGAUAUGGAAAUAACAUAUUUGAAGACAUGGAUAUUCUUCGCAAUAAUUGUUCGCCAAUUCAUAGAUGGGGCAGAAGAAUACUUUAUCGCACCGACAGCAUGGUAUUAUAUUAAAUCUCUGGGACAAAAUAUGCUUUUUCUCGGACUUGUCAUGUCUGGUUUCCAAUUUAGUGCACUACCGUCCAGCCCUAUCCUCGGCAAAUUGGCAGAUAGAGUUGGAUACAGUAGAUGUAUCAUUGUCGUCAGCCUGUUUUUGAAAUUUGUUGCAUAUAUAUUGUAUGCAAUUCCACUCUCGGCAUAUUUUCCACUAAUUGGGAGAAUUUUGGGUGGGCUCACUGAUGGUUCUAUCGGGGUCGUCUACGGGCAAAUAAUAUUGUACACACCACAGAAACAUCGAACACAAGUCUUCUUAAUAUUGGAUGGAGUGUUCACCGUGGGCACCCUCUUGGGCCCGGCAGUCAGCUUGUUUUUGAUAUUUAAUGUGAAUAUCUUUGGCUGGAAGAUCGACGCUGGUAACUCACCUGCAAUCGUUCUUUCACUUUUAUGGUUGGGAAUGUUUGUCGUCUCUCUGUGGUUUCCCAGUGAGUUUGGAUCAACGAAGGUUACAGUUGAUAAUAGUGAUUAUGACCAACAUAUCGUUGUUGAUGGCCAUGAUAAUGAUGAUGGUGGUGAUGAUGGGCAUGAUAAUGAUGAUGGUGGUGAUGAUGAUGAGCAUGAUAAUGAUGAUGGUGGUGAUGAUGGGCAUGAACGCGGUGGUUGUAGUGAUGGUCAGGAUCACGAUGAAGAUGAUUGCGUUCUUCCGGCUACAAAUGAUCGUGGUAAAUCACAAAAAUACGGUUCUUACAGUACAAUUUUUCUCAUAUUUUACCUCGUUAUAUUAUGUUUCUUUUACUCCAGUACUGUUACCUUUUACGUUCCCUUGCUUGCGCAAGAACACUUCCACCUUCGAUUCAUUCAUGUGAAAAUGCUGUUCUUGGUGAGCUCUGUCUUUUGCAUGGUUCUGUUCCUCGGGUACUAUAUUGCCGCAAAAUAUUACGAUGAGGCACAAAUGUUAGCUUUUUCAAUGAUAAUGCAGAUAAUUGCAAUAUGGCUGUUAACCUAUAUUGCUUUUAGUUGGAACAGUGGGUUAGGUGUAUACGGUGGUUAUGUUCUCCUUCCUUACAUCUGUCUUGGAAUGCCAUUUUUCUCAUUUUCUUUGUGUUGUUCAGUCUUGUCGUAUAUCACCGAUCCAAAUAAGGCUGCUUUUUAUCAGUCUAUGUCAAUCGCUGCACUUCACUUAGGAAACUUGCUGGGCCGUCUAAUUUCAUCUUAUAUUUUCACCGUAACGGAACUUUUGUGUUUUUGUCUCGGUCAGUUUGUAUGCUGGCUUGUUGGAGCAUUAUGGUUUGCCCUGGAGUUUUCAAACAUACGACGAACGGAGUUUUGAUUUUGCCACGCUUCAGGUUUUAGUUACAAGCUAUAUUAUGUUGCAUGCAGUCAUUAUUUUAAGAUAUCGAUAAAUAAUGUUAAGAACAAACAAUGGAUUUUAAUUAUUAACCUGCAUGAAGGAUGAACUGCAAAGUAAAGGUAAAAAACUGCUUUAACCUUACCGUGUUUACGUGAUAUAGCUGUAUACAUAUAUUGUCAAUUUACUUUUUUCGUUAUUGU